AUGGGUAUUAUGCUUAAGCCCCCGCCAGAUGUGCCUGGCAAGGCAUGGCCAGCUAUUCUAGUCGGUCUCUUCGUUGCCUUUGGUGGUGUACUCUUCGGAUAUGAUACUGGUACUAUUUCCGGUAUUAUUGCCAUGGACUACUGGAAGAAGGAGUUCUCCACAGAGCCAGACUUCAGUAUCACUGCAGCUCAAGAUUCGUUGAUUGUGUCCAUUCUCUCGGCCGGUACCUUCUUCGGUGCUUUGACAGCAGCUCCAUUUGGUGACUUCCUUGGAAGACGCUGGGGUUUGAUCGCCUCAGCAGGCGUGGUCUUCAAUCUUGGUGUUGUCUUGCAAACUGCUUCGACCACACAGCCUCUUUUCAUCGCUGGCCGUUUCUUUGCUGGAUACGGAGUUGGUCUUAUUUCUGCACUCAUUCCCAUGUACCAAAGUGAAACUGCUCCAAAAUGGAUCCGUGGAACGAUUGUCGGAGCGUACCAGUUGGCUAUCACUAUUGGGCUGUUCCUGGCUGCCAUCGUAAACAAUGCGACCAAGAACCGUCAAGACUCGGGAUCGUACCGUAUCCCCAUUGCUGUCCAAUUUGUGUGGUCUAUCAUCUUGGUUGCCGGACUUCUCUUCCUCCCAGAGACCCCGCGAUACCUCAUCAAGAUGGACAAGUACGACGAAGCUGCGAAGAGUCUUGGACAACUCCGUCGUCUGCCUGUUGACCACCCCGCUAUCGUUGAGGAGCUCAACGAAGUGCAAGCCAACCAUCUCUACGAAAUGUCCCUGGGCAAAUCGACAUAUCUUGAGUGCUUCCAGGGUACACUGGGCAAGCGACUGUUGACGGGAUGUUUGUUGCAAGCGCUACAACAGUUGACUGGUGUCAACUUCAUUUUCUACUACGGAACUCAGUACUUCCAGAGGGCUGGAUUCGACAAUCCCUUCAUCAUUCAGGUCAUCACCAACUCCGUCAAUGUCGCCUCUACUUUCCCCGGUCUCUGGAUGGUUGAGCGUCUCGGCCGACGUAACCUCCUCCUGCUCGGAGGUGUUGGCAUGUGCGUGUGCCAGUUCAUUGUCGCCAUCACCGGAACGGUCGCCGGAACUACCGAUCUGCCCGCUCAGCGCGCUGCUAUUGCUUUCGUGUGCAUCUACAUCUUCUUCUUCGCCAGUUCCUGGGGACCGGUCGCGUGGGUCGUGACUGGCGAGCUUUUCCCUCUCAAGGCUCGUGCCAAGUGUCUUUCCAUGACCACUGCUAGCAACUGGCUGCUCAACUGGGCUAUUGCUUACUCGACUCCCUACAUGGUCGACCCCGAUCACGCCAACUUGCAAUCCAAGGUGUUCUUCAUCUGGGGAAGUUUCUGCUUCGUCUGCAUUGGUUUUGUCUGGGCCAUGAUCUACGAAACCAAGGGUCUCAGUCUUGAACAAGUCGACGAACUCUACGGCAUUGUUGGAAAGGCAUGGAAGUCCCAGGAGUUCCGCCCUGCCGUCUCAUAUGCCGAUAUGGAUCCCUCUGUCGCCCGCAAUGUUAGCCUCAGCGAGGUCGCGGCCAACCAGGAGAGGAAGCGCAGCAUUGCGCACGAGGAGGCAGCUCCCGUUACUGAGACCCAGCCUGCCAAGUUCUAA